AUGUUUGCCAAGUUGGUGUCUACUAUAGAAAGCAUCUCGCCUACUACAAUUACUCUCCAAGUUUUCCUUCUACUUGCAGCCAUUGCCUGCUCUACUCGAUUCAUCAGCGGUAGGAACUACAAGUCGGACUUGUCUCCUAAUGGCACCAGUUGGGACGGGCGCAAAGUUGCCACGCUUCCAUACUGGUUCCCCUAUUUCGGUCACUUGCUGCCUUUGACCAUCAAUCUCGACCGUUUUCUACAAAAAUGUUGCCAACGAUCACCUCCCGGAAUCUUCUCACUAAAAAUCUUCGGCUCCAAGUAUCACAUGAUCUUCACCCCAUCACUAACCCGAUCUCUCUUUGAGGGUCAUAGUACCGCUAUCAGCUCUGACUCUGUGCGCUGGUUCUUGCUCGUCAACGUCUUUGGUGCAAACAAAAGGCAUAAACAAGAGCACUUAAGAGCCCACGGCGAUGCCCACGCUUGCUUGCUGGACCAACUGUUGUCUAAUCCCUCGGAAAUGUUGCGCGCCACAGUUCACGGGAUACGGGAACAUGGGCCCAACCUGGUCUCGUUCAGCGACAGCAUCGUGGACCAAAAUCCAUGGGAGCGGGCUGCCGCUCCCAUCAUUCACACUGACAUUAUUACCGGAGAUGCUUCAAGCGUCGAGAUCAGUCUCUUUGCCUUGAUCAGGACUUUCGUAGCAAAUGUCGCACUACCAUCGCUUGUUGGGAGAGAAUUUCUGGAAAAUUAUCCAGAGAUCUUGGAGGACAUUCAAGACCUUGGAGAUGGUUUCAAAUACUUUGUCCUAGGCUUGCCACGCUGGCUUCCGAUUCCAUCCUUGACUAAGGCGCACAUCGCUCGCAGAAAAUUGCUUGGCGCGAUAAGUUCAUUGCACGGGGCGCUGGACCAGCUUGCAGCAGGUAAUGAAGCCAAUCAGCCGUGGAGAGAUCUGGACGAUGUGAGCGCGAUGUUGAAAGGAAGACACGCGAUAUGGAAUGCAUAUGGUACACCUCGAGACGUUAGAGAUCCUUCCGAUCUGAGUCUUCUCUGGGCGAUGGGCACCAAGACAACCAAUCUGAUCUUCUGGAUUUUAGUCCAAGUGUAUUCAAACCCGGAAUUGAUUCAAAAACUGCGUGAUGAGGUUCAUCCUUUCGCAAAAGCCUCGCAGCCUUCCCAAGUCUUCGGACUUCCUGAACCCGCCCGUCUCGAGAUCAACGAUGCCGGCUUGGUGCAGUCGUGCCCUCUGCUUAAAGCAUGUCUCUAUGAAUGCUUACGCCUCCACUCCAAGCCGGUAUCGAUGGGAACCGUGCAGAAAGACCUUUCGAUUCUCGAGUCACCUGAAGAUAGUCGAUCAGUUAAUGGUGAACGACCGCAAUCAUUUGUAUUGGAAGCCGGAGACUCUGCGGCAAGCCUGUCAGACGCGCACCAGCAUGAUCCCCAUUACUAUGAGUCUCCAAAUUCUUUCCAGCCCGGUAGAUUCCUUAGCUCGAGCGAAAGCGUGCAAGGGCAACGUACUCUUGUUCGAGGGACCCUUCAACCUUGGGGUUCAGGCGAAUUUGCCUGCCCUGGGCGCGUUUUCGCUGAACAACAAGUGAUGGCUUUUGUGGCGGCCAUCUUGGUACUCUGGGACAUGGAGCCGGUGGACUCCAGAGGAUGGAUCGUGCCAACGCAAAGGACUUCUGCCAUAGUCUCUCUACCUUCAGCAGACAUCAGGGCCAGACUUCGGCCAAGGGAUCUUUCUAAAACGAAAUAG